AAUGUACGAGUAAAAGAACAUCACCCUCCUUUCUUGAUACCUCAACCAACGACCAUGGCUUUUGUUCCAACCCCCUUAGCCCUCCCCCCCAACACCAGCGCAGAUGCCUUUGCCCGAUUCAUCAACGCUGUAAAAGCCAUUACUGGCGAGGGAAACGUGCGAGUUAUCACCCCAGACACACAGCUUGCGGACGGCUCCUACUUUGAACCGCCCAAGACGCACGACCCGCAUCAUGUCGUGGACCAGGACUACUUCGUCGCGUCAGCAGUCGUCGACCCACGGUCUGUGCCAGAGGUUCAGGAACUCGUCCGUCUAGCCAACGAGUACCAGAUUCCACUAUGGCCAACGAGUAUCGGACGUAACUCUGGAUAUGGAGGUGCGGCGCCGAGACUGAGAGGAAGUAUUGUGGUCGACAUGGGAAAGCAUAUGAACCGGGUCUUAGAGGUCAAUGAAGAUGGGGCCUUUGCCGUCGUUGAGCCUGGGGUCACCUUUGCUGGACUUUAUCAGUACUUGGUUGACCACGGACUCAGUGAUAAGUUGUGGAUUGAUGUACCUGAUAUUGGCGGUGGUUCUGUUAUGGGAAAUACCCUCGAACGCGGUGUUGGAUAUACUCCAUAUGGAGAUCACUGGAUGAUGCACUGUGGCAUGGAAGUUAUUCUUCCCUCAGGCGAGCUCAUGCGAACUGGCAUGGGCGCUCUCCCCCAGAAUCCAAAGAAGGGCUCCAAGCACGACCACAACGACGAAGGGAACAAAUGCUGGCAGCUGUUCCCGUAUGGAUUCGGCCCGUACAACGAUGGGCUCUUCUCGCAGGGCAAUGUGGGAAUUUGCACAAAGAUGGGCCUCUGGUUGAUGCCAAACCCCGGCGGAUAUCAGGCAUACAUGAUCACUCUGCCAAAGGAUGACGACCUCAAACAGGCUGUGGAUAUAAUUAGGCCUCUCCGUGUGCAAAACAUCCUCCAAAACGUCCCAACCCUGCGACACAUCCUCAUCGACGCCGCCAUCCUAGGCAACAAAUCCUCCUACACUUCAGAUAUAAGCAAGCCCCUGAAUGACGCGGAGCUGGAUGCGGUUGCCAAGAAGCUCAAUCUCGGCCGAUGGAACUUCUACGGCGCUCUCUAUGGCCCUGAACCGGUCCGCAACCUCCUCUGGUCCUUAAUCAAAGAAGCCUUCUCCGCAAUCCCCGGCGCAAGGUUCUUCUUCCCCGACGAUAUCAAGGAAUACUGCGUCCUGCACACCCGCGCCCAAACCCUGCGCGGCGUUCCCAACUUCGACGAGCUGAAAUGGAUCGACUGGCUGCCCAAUGGCGCGCACCUGUUCUUCUCACCUAUUAGCAAGAUCUCCGGCGACGACGCAAUGCUUCAGUACGAAGUCACGAAGAAACGAACCCGCGAGGCAGGGCUGGAUUUCAUCGGGACGUUCACGGUUGGAAUGCGGGAGAUGCACCACAUAGUCUGUAUAGUCUUCGACCGGAAGAACGCCGAGCAGAAGAAAAAAGCACACUGGCUGAUCAAAACACUGAUCGCCGACUGCGCCGAGAACGGCUGGGGCGAGUACCGCACUCAUCUGGCGCUGAUGGACCAGAUUGCUGAGACGUAUAACUGGAACAAUAAUGCCCUCAUGCGGUUCAACGAGACGGUGAAGAAUGCCCUGGACCCGAAGGGGAUUAUGGCCCCGGGCAAGAAUGGCGUUUGGCCGAGUUCCUAUGAUCGCAGGAUCUACAAGCUGUAACUAUUAUUCUACCGGGUGGCUGGGGUUGGUUUCCAUUGAUACAGUAUCAGUCUUCACAUAGUUAAUAACAAUAUGCGGCUAUCAUUCCAAGGACUCCAAGUAUUCGGCAAGGCCAUCCGGUAUCACGUCCUCGCGUGUGAACGGCAAGGGAGGACAAUCCUGUCGAGUCUUAUCAAGGCUCACGUACUCUCGAACAGCAUCCGGGGAAAUACGAUAGGCAACCAAAUACUGGCCCACGAUACUCCCCUUCGCCCUAUCAAUGAUAUCCAACCGUAAGACGUCCACGAGCUCCUCAGCAGAGAACACAUCAGC